UACUAUAUCCCGACAAACACUACAAUCUGCACAACCCACCCGCUUACUAAGCACACCACCACAACCACCUUAUCCACAAACAUAACUCCAAUCACAACCAGCCCAGCCUAACCCAAUCAAGCAACGAACCUCCAACGCAAAAAAGUUCCAGAACAAACCAAACCACCCAAACCUUCCAUCACCAUCACCAUCUACACCACAGCCUCCACUACCUCCCCAACCGCACACCGACCAAACACCCACCUCGCAAACCUCCUCAAACUACCGCAAUAAACCAAUACAACCCACCAUGUCCCGCGAACAAUACCAAGUCCCCAACCUGGGCGGCGGCGCCCAGAACGCCUUCGGUGAUGCCGCCGGUGGUGGCCCCAUGGACGGCCCUGUCGUUGCGUACCUGUGCGGCGAGUGCAACUCGCGCGUUUCGCUGAAGAGGGGAGAUCAGAUUCGGUGCAAGGAGUGCGGUCAUCGGGUUUUGUAUAAGGAGAGGACGAAGAGGUUAGUUUUCCCUUCUCCUUUCUUUUUUUUCUUUUUUCUUCCCUGGGGUUGGGGAUGGGGGGAGGAUAGAUUGUGAAAUGAAUCAUUGGAUGAAUGUGUGUGGG